CAACAAGAUCUCACCACGUCUAGACAACUCUGCCCGCCGUAGGGUCGUUAUCUGCCGGAAGCUCCGCAAUAACCAUCGAGCGCAAUUCAGUGUGUAUCUGCAGCUAAGAUCCAGAGGAUUCAUAUCAUGCGGCGGGACUCAGAGUCAUUGCAACCGGGAGGAAAUCGACCGCAAUCUUCCCUGCGCCUUCCAAGCGACGAUGAGCACCAAGCUUCUGUCUCUCGUACGACAAGCCAGCAUCAAAACGAUGGCUUAAAGGCCAUUCCACGAUCCUUAUCCUUUGCCUGGUGGUCUUUCGCCGCCGAUGCUAUUUCGAUAUUGGUGACUAUCCCAUUCAUUGUCUUGGGAAUCUUCCUUGCGAGAGCCAAAGGGGGUAUCGUCGAAAAACACGCCCUCCAUAGUUUUGAGAAUGGCAUAAGACUUGCGGCUACGGCUCUCCCAUUCGUGUUUGCUGCCAUCUUCGGUCGCCUGACUGCUCAGGUUGCACGCUGGAAAUUGGAAAGAGGAGGCAGUCUGCCUUCCAUUGAACAGUGGCUUGGCAGCCGCACACUGUUCUCUGCGUUCCUCACACAGGUUAAUAUGGGCGGCAUGAACGUGAUCGGGGUGUCGAUGAUGGUUGCAUGGGCACUGUCCCCUCUGGGCGCGCAGUCUAUCCUACGAAUCUUGGGAACAGGAUCCCGGGAGAUAACUACGAAUGGCUCUGUGACCUAUUUCGACACAAGCACCCCAUCGACAUUCACAGCCUUGAAAGGGACGUCGAACACUGUAUUGAGAAAUGAUGUUCCGGCCAUGAUAGACUCGAUGUAUGCUGCUUCACUGAUGUCGGCAGACAGCAUCAAGUCGAGUGGUCAAGACUUGUGGGGAAACAUCAAGAUUCCUUAUUUGUUCUCGCAUUUCGAAAGAGCUCCUGGAGACGAGUGGGUGAAUGUUCCGAACGAUGGAAGCGUCAAAUUCUCGUCACUAGUCGGCAUCCCAUUUGCAGCCAACUUCAAACCAGGGCUGCGUCACAGGUCUAAUUUCAGGAUAGAGUCCAGCCACAUCCAGUUGCAGUGCUCGGAAUUUGUCCCUUCGAAACUCGAUGACAAUGGGCAUAUCGAUACCUCUUACGUGAACUCCAGCCUCGGCGGUACGUGGGACCUUGACGGUGCAUGGCAGAACGCUUGCAUUGCUACCUCGGACCCUCCCGACAACGGCACCUUCCAGGGCUUCACCUGGUCUGGAGACGACGAUGCGGUGCAGCUAUCGUGGAGACUUGCUAUGGACACUUUUAUCGACCCAUCAUGGCUGUCGAGGCUUUGCCAUUCCAUAUAUGAAUCGGAGGAGGGUCAACAUUUUAGCCAGUUCUCUCCCGCGACAUUUGCCAAUGAGCACCAAAUCGCCACAUCCCGGGCAAGACUGCAGCUUCUGGCAUGGAGGGGACUUUUGGGCACCUCGGAAAGUGACCCACGCGCAACCACCUGUGGGGUGUCACAGUCGUGGGUCGAGUCGCGGGUAGACUGUGAAUGGUCUACCUCGUCGCCGUGCGUGGUAACCGCUCAGAGGCCCUCGCGGAAACAGCACGCCUCCUCCAACAUCACCCAUCUCUCGUUCCCCAGCGUCUUCACGGGCUUGACCUCCCACCUGCCGCGAGCAAGCGGCCUGAGAUACUCGGCCGGAUUUCUGGACGCCUCAACAAUUUAUCUUGCGAAUACCUCGACCUCUUUCAUGUUGGGCCGAGAGGGGCACGAGGCCACGUUCGACAAUCUCACAGAUAGCGAUAUCAGCGGCCGCCUGGGCCGGCUUAUCAACACUUACCUGAUGAUCAGCCAAGCCUACGACCCCAUAUCGAGAGGCAGUCUGAGAGAAGGUGAGGUUCAGGAUCUAGCAGGGUCCGCCAUAAACAACAUCACCACGACAAUGUGGAUAGUCAAAGUCGAGGACAUCUACACGGUCAAUAACGCAUGGCUGGCCGCAUACUUGGUGACAGCCGUUGCCAUGCUCAUAGGCAGCAUCGUCGGCGCCGUCUUCUGCCACAGCUCGAUCACCCCCGAGAUCCUGGGGUUCGCUUCAGCAGCCAUCCGCGACUCCAAGCACGUGGAUCUUGCGCCGGGGUUUGGGGCGCUGGGAGGGCUAGAGAUGACAAAGGCAUUUGAGGAGAUUGAGUUCCGCUACGGGGUGGUAAACAAGUCUGACAGCGGGCAGGAGGUGCUGGGGGUUUCGUGGAAGGUGAGUGCCCAGCGGGUGAAGAAGAGGGUGCCUUAUGUGUAGUGAUUUGUGAUGCGGUAAAAAGGAGCCCAAGAACAUUAAAAAAGGAGGUUCUAGAAGAGAGAGACACGGUGUGAGAUCGAGGAAUGACAAGUAGCUUCGUAUUUGUCCAGUGUCGACGUAGAUGGAGGGGACGGAGGGAAGCAGUGCAAAUGUGAGAUUGCACAAGGGUAGUGCAGAGUCAGUUAUCUUCUCUCGAUGCUCCGCGUGCUGGUCAACUGCAAGGGUAUCUCGUUGGUCGUUGGGACAUUGGGCUCAAGCUGGAAGAUGCCACCAGGCCCCUGCUCUGCUUGCGAGACGUUCGACGCGACCCGUGCUCCAAUAGCACAACAUUGGCGUGCAGCUAGGAGUGGCCCUGGCCGCUAGGAUCAUCCGGGCCAAGACGGACAACGCCAGCGGCCAAAAGUAAGCGUGCAGAUCACGCAAAAGCAAAAGGAAUGGUCCCGGAGAGGAUCGAACUCGCGACCUUGGCAUCACCGAUGAUUCCUCAUGUUGAGGAAUUAUUAGUACCACGCUCUAACCAGCUGAGCUACGGGACCAUUUGUUGAUGAAUGGCGAUCGGAAAUGGAUCCUAUGGAGGUUGUUCAGUGAAAAUUUCUCAUCGGUGGGCCGGAUAUUGGUGGAGUUGCGGCGGGUCGGGUGGAGUUGCCGAGAUGUGGC